AUGAUAAAUAUGCUAAUAUCCAUAAUCCAAUGCGAUUAUUCUACAAGUUUAGAAUUAAAGAGCGCCUUUUUAAACUACGAUUGCUACUCCUCAUGCUGAAAUUCAGAAUAUUUAUCUAUUAUGAUUCCCACUUUUUGAUGAGUUUUAUAUCUUUUGCUCGCUAUACAAGCUAGACCUUCAUGACAAGAAGGCCAAAUUAAUUUAAAUAUUAAAUCAGAUCCUGCAUGUAUUAUGAUUAAAAGUGCUUUGCAAGUAACUCUGAUUGGAAUUUACAAAACAUUUAGAAUAAUCAGUCAAAUUCUCCAUUGCUCUGUAUACUUAUUUUUAAUAGCCAGCUAUUUGAUAUUUAUUAUGCAUAGGAAAAAUUUCAAUUAUGAUAGAGCUGAUUUGCUACAAAUUUUUUGCACAAUUUGUGCUAUUUGGAAUGGAGGAUUAAGUUUAGUCUAUUUAAUACUAAAUUCUGGGCACUAUAGUAUUUAUCUCAGUAUUCAAUUAUUAGGUCUUUUAAUAAUUAUAAUAUGCAGCCUUAUAAUCAUGCGAAAAUUACCUCCAUCAUUAUUAAUUAAAAAAGAAGGCAAAAAAUUUCAAAUUUAUUUAGGUCUUCUCUGAUGAAUGGCAGCUUAA